GAUCGCAGGUAGACCUGAGCCGUUUGCGGCGCAACCGCUUGUACCGGAUAAGAAUAGCUCCCGGACCCCGUCGUCUUCGUCUGCUCUCCAUCUCUUUUCGUCGCCUCAGAACCCUCCCGCCCAGCGGCCAUCGAAAGAAGUUAGAGUUCAGCUCCUAUUGUGUUUUUGAUUAUUUAUUAGUUCAAAAGAAGAUGUCGACUGCUAGUUUCAUGGUCUAUUCUGCAGAUUCAUCUCUGUUUUGCAGUCUUAGACCAUCCAUUAGCAUCCAGCAAUUCAUCAGGACCAAGUAUCAGUUUGUUAAGAUCUCAGGAACACGAAUUUCGCGAUCGUUUCACAUUCAUAACAACAUACACUGUGCAACAAGAGGAAGGAAUUAUCAUCAAGGAUUUGUGUCUGAAAAUGAGUUUGACCAUGAACCCUUUUGGUUGAGUAUGAUCAAGGAUGUUGGCUGGAGUUUGAAAUCAUUAGCUCUUUUUUUGGCUGAGCAGCCAAGUCAGCUGAGGUACAUAGAGUGGCCAACCUUUCAAAGCACGUUGAAGACGUCAUGCCUCACCCUUGUUCUUGUAGCAUUUCUCAUUGUUGCAUUGUCCACUAUUGAUUCAGCCCUCUGUUAUAUAUUGGCUUUGCUUCUCAGGAGAGCCACAUAGGUCACUGGUUGGAGACAUAUUGAAUGAAUAAUAUGUGGAAAGCUUAUGGAAGAAAAACAGAUAAUUAGCAGCAAAUGAAGAAAGAACAGCUCAACAAUCUUCUGCACAAACUGAUCGCAAGAGGCAUCACUCCGUUGCUCAAGAUCCUUCUGUCCCCUCAUUAUUUAGGAAUCUGCAGUACAAUAUUUUCAAGUGUUUCAUCAAUGUAAAGAGUUUGAAACUUGAUAAAGACCAUGCUAUUGACUUCUGUUGGAGCAUUGCAGUAAGUCCUCUGUCCUACUACAGAUGCUGCGACAACCUUUACUAAGUUGGAAUGAUUGUUGGCCAUCAGAUCAUGCAGUUUGAUUAUACUGUAUAUUGGCAGAAUCUGUUUGAUCUAACGUUUCAGUGUUAGCAUAUAAAGAAUACAAGUAUUGGCCGUUUAUUUGGGAAAACUAGCCUACGUGUAAAGCACCGAUCGUUGCAUAUCACUGUAUUGGUUACAGAAAAUGUACAACCUUUUCAGUCGAUGCAAGCCCAUUUUGAAAGACCACCGGUUGGCUUC